UUCUCCAUCGCCCAUUACCUCUUUCUUUCUUUCUUCUUAACUCAAAAUCUCAUGUCCAUUUCUCUUUCUCUCUCGUUCCCUCCCCCACUCGCCAACCCCCGCGCGUGGUUCCACCGCCCAACUCUCAUUCUCACUCUCACUCGCUUUACUCCUCUACCUCACUCUCCUCUCCGAAUCGAUCUCCGGCGACGAUCUCAAUCUCCGACCGCCAUGUCCUCGGUUCACCGGCCACAAGCUCCUUUAUUGAAACCGAGUGAAGAACUCGCCGACGAGUCCGAUUUCGAAACCAUCGUCUCCUCCGAUGGCCUCGUCUCCAUCUGUGGCUUCGGUUCCCUUCUCUCCGAGAGAAGCGCGAGGAGUACGUUUCCUGACCUGAUCAACUUCAGAGUUGCGAGACUCAACGGUUUUCGGCGAGUGUUCGCUCACGUGGCUCCGAUUUUCUUGGAGCGUGGAAUAGCCAAGCCAGAAACCAAGGAGAUUUCUAGCUUGAGUGUAGAGCCUUGUGAAGGUGAAACGCUUAUUGUUACAGUUUUUGAGAUUAAAAAGUCAGAGAUUCCAGCUUUUAUGAAGAGGGAGCUUGAAUUUCGGUUUCUAGGUGUUUUGCCUGAAACACUUGAUGGGAAGGCAUUUGAUAAUCUGGCGGUGCUUUGUGCUCGUUAUAGUGAUGAGGAAUUUUUUCAAAUUCGAUGCGAAGGAAGCAAGGAGAUCUAUUUUCAGCACUAUGGACGAUACAACAUCGAUAAGAUUUGGCGGGAUGACAUCUUACCUUGCCGUGUUUAUCUUCGGCACUGUGUGUUAGCAGCAAAGAAUCUCAGUGAGGCAGCCUACAACAACUUUCUGGAUCACACUUUCCUUGCAGACCGAAAAACAACCAUUCGUGAAUACUUGGCCACAGGAGGUUCAGGCAUCAUGGAAGAGGAGCCUCCAGAAUCCCUCAAGACCCGUUAUGGUGGUUGACUGAUCAUAUGUAUAUAUAUGACAGACCAUGUACCUGCAAUAAAGGUUCCUCAAGAAAAAGGGAAGGCACCAGAGACAACACAUUCUUCAACCUUAUUUUUUCUGUUGGCCAAGGUGGUCAGAACAGCUGUAAAUUUUGUUAACAAGGGAAGAUAGAUUAUAAAAUCUUGUUAUUGAACAGUAAUUUAUAUUCCAAGAAGCAUACAGGAUGGAUACCUAUGUCCAUUGUUGGCAUUGAAAUUAAGCAAUUUUAUGCCCUUUUCAGAUUUAUUUUACUCUUCUCAAAAUGA